UGAUAUAAGGGAGGACUUUUAGUAAGUCUCCUUUACUUAUUGAUAACAACAAGGCAAUAAUGUCUGAUUGAGCAUUCUUUUCUUGUUAAUCUAAUUACCACUAAUAAAUAGUUGCAUUCUUCUUUCGUAAGCUAGAACAUCAGUGGUUUGUAGUGGUUUUCACUUAGUUUUUGAAUUUAACAUUUUUAUAUAUACUAUUUACUUGAGUCAAGACUCAGAAUGGCAUACAAACAAACAACUCUUAUGCUUUACAGCUGUAUCUGCAGAUUGCAUGAGCAGUACUAACUGGUAUUUUCUUUUGGAAAUCACUAUAUAGUCUACAUUUGACAAUACACCUAGUAGAAAUAAUGCAAAGAAGUGUGAGCACAAAUGAGUGUUGUAAAGGUUAUCCAGUCAAUAAUGUGACUGGAUGUUAUUUUAUAUGGAAUUAGUCCAUAUGAAUGGCAAAAAUGGUUUUGGAGUUUGCAUACACAGUAACAUGACUUAGUUUAUAACGGUGGUCUACGGGUCAGCUUGAGCGUACCUCGUGACUAUUUCAGCAUAUACUUGCUAUCUCCACCAACACAAGCGCCGACUAACUGUGGCCACAUUUUAUAACCAUUUGCCUCAUACUUGAUCCAGCCAAUUGUCCGACAAUUCGGAUAUUUGUUUUGCUACAAAAAGAAUGUUAAGGACCUUCAACGACAAUCAGAGAGACUAAACGCUAUGAGCAAUGGGGUGCAGCGUUCGGUUGAUUUGGCUCGUGGGAACUUACAAGAGAUUGCUCCUGAUGUCGAGGCAUGGCUGGUAGAGGUUAACCAGAUGAAGCCAAAGAUUCAGAAUAUUGAAAAUCAGUGUUUGAAUGGACGGUGUCCCAAUGUGAAGUCGCGAUUUGUGCUAAGCAGGAGAGCCAAGAAGACAACAAAAGUUGUUAUACAACUGCAAAAUGAAGGCAAUGGUUAUCUUAGUUUGUGUGGCCCAGCAUCUUUAUUAGGUAUGGACUUUUUUCUUGGCACUGGAAUUUACAUGGAAUUUAAAUCUAGAAAAUCAACAGAACAUGAUAUAAUGGAAGCAUUAAAGGAUAGAAAUGCCAGCAUAAUAGGAAUAUGUGGCAUGGGGGGUGUUGGGAAGACCACGAUGGUGAAAACAAUUGCUAAGAGAGUGAGAGGAGAGAAACUUUUUGAUGAGGUUGUCAUGGCAGUUGUUAGUCAACAACCAGAUUUAAGAAAGAUUCAAGGUGAAAUUUCUGAGUUAUUGGGUCUGAAGCUUGAAGAGGAAAGUUUAUCAGCUAGGUCGUCUCGUUUACGGACGAGAUUAAUGAAUGUUAAGAAGAUUCUUGUCAUUCUAGAUGAUGUCUGGUCCAGGCUUGAUCUUGAGGAACUUGGAAUCCCUUAUGGGAGUUCACAUGAAGGGUGCAAAAUCGUGCUAACAUCCAGAGUCCGCGAUGUCUGUACUGCAACAAGAGCUGAAAAAAUCAUAACAGUUGAAGUUUUAGAUGAAGAAGAAGCGUGGAUUCUUUUCAGAGGGCAAACGGGAAACUGUAUUGAAGCCCCCGAUUUACGUCCUAUAGCAAGAGAUGUUGCCAAUGAAUGCAAAGGUCUGCCAAUUGCCCUUGUAACUGUUGGAAGGGCGCUGCAAAAUAAGCACAAGCCUUUGUGGGAGGAUGCCCUUUUACAAUUGAGAAAAGCUCUGCCUACUAACAUACCUGGACUGCUUGCUGAUGUAUAUCGACCACUAGAGCUGAGCUAUGAUCGGAUCGAAAGCGCUGAAGCCAGGUCUCUCUUUCUACUUUGUUCUUUAUUCCAAGAAGAUUUUAAUAUCCCCAUCGAAGACUUGAUUAGAUAUGGAAUGGGAUUACGUAUGUUUGGUGGGAUCCAAAAUUUGGCAGAAGCAAGAAACCGAGCGUAUACUUUAGUUGAGAUACUUAAAGAUCGUUUCUUGCUUAUAGAGGGAUAUAAAGCAUCAUACGUCAAAAUGCAUGAUCUUGUUCGUGACGUUGCAAUAUUUAUCGCAUCCCAGGAUAAGCACACCUUUUUGAUAAGCCACAAUGUCAACCUCAAAGACUGGCCGAUUGAAGACUCCUACGAGCACUACAAGUGCAUCUCUGUGAUUUCGAAGGAAAUGUCUUCACUUCCAAGUGGACUGACUUUCACUAAACUUGAUCUUUUGCAAUUAGAAUGUGACAAGCCACAGAUCUCCGUACCAGAUAGUUUCUUUGAAGGAAUGAGAGCACUCAAAGUAUUGGACAUCUGUCACAUGGAUAUGCCAUUUCUACCACCAUCUCUAGGAUUUCUAAGGAACCUUCGAGCAAUGCAUCUUUAUAGCUGCUCCUUGGAAGAUGUAUCCGUGAUUGGUGAGUUAGUGAACCUUGAAAUUCUUAGUUUUCGUGGCUCUGAUAUUAAGGUAUUGCCAGCACAAAUUGGAAAGCUGAAAAAGUUGAGGUUGUUGGAUAUGUCAGGUUGUGGCGAUCUUAGAGAAAUUGCACCAAAUGUGAUAUCAAGCCUAGUUCGCUUGGAAGAACUUUAUAUGGGGUGCAACUUUAGUUUUAGAUGGGCAGUUGUGGAAGAAGGAAAAGAAAGAAGUAAUGCUUCAGUUGGUGAGCUGGAAACGUUAUCGAACUUGAGUACUUUAGAGAUUCGAAUAGCCGAUGCUAAGGCUAUUCCAAGAAACAUGCUUCUUUCCUCAAAGCUGACAAAAUAUGCUAUAUCGAUAAGAGAUGUCCUGCCCAACAAUGUCGAGAAACGUUUCCAGCGAGCUAUGUACCUUUUCCUACCGACAAUGGCUCCGUUGGCUGAUUGGAUUCGGUCAACAUUAAGAGGCACGGAGUAUCUAGAUUUAGUGGGAGAAGGUUCAAAGAACGCAGUGAAAGAGUUGAUUCCGGAGGCUUUUCAGCAUGUGAAGGUAUUGCAGAUCAAUAACUGUGAUAUGCUGGAGUUUCUUGUAAACACAAGUUGCAUUGUACCUGGAACUGGUGUUUUCCCCAUUUUGGAGUUGCUGAAUCUCGUCGACCUUACCAGUUUACAAGAGAUCUGUCAUGGUCCUUUGCCACCAGGAUCCUUCAGUAAAUUGAAAGAACUGAAGCUCGAUUUAUUAGAUUGCCUAAAGAGCUUGUCAAUAUAUCCAAAUGUUUCACUUGCCAACCUCAGAUCCAUAUCCAUAAACAGAUGUCCUAGAUUACAAAAUCUCUUUCCAAUUUCAGUGGUCAGAGGGUUGUCACAGCUUGAAGAACUUAGAAUCUCUGAUUGCCAGAUGAUGGAAGAAGUCUUUUCAGAGGAUGUACUAGGAGAUGAGGUUGUGGAUGACAAGAUCAAGUUCUCCAAAUUAAAGAUCUUAAGGCUUGUGGAUUUACCAAUGCUCAAAGCAUUCUGCAAGGGAAUUGAGGACAUUGAGUUCCCCAGUUUACAGUUCUCGAGAAUUGAGAACCUUCCAAACCUCCCAAAUUUCUCCCCAGAAAGUAGUUUUACUGCUCAUGAUGAUCAGAUUAUUGAGUUACAAACUCUUUCCGUCGAAUCACCACAUCGGUUAAAAGUAGAAACGGCUAGAUGAAGGUACUAUCUCCCGUCUUCCUCAUUAUGUUUUAUGGUUAAUCAGCAUAUUUUUGCUGGAAACCUGUAUUGUGUGCAGUUGAAUAAAGGUCAUCUGCAUCUUUUUGUUUUGUCCUAUCCCUUGUCUACUUUUGAGGUUAUUCUUUAGCUAUUGCUAGCAAAAUCUAUUGAUUGAUAACUGGUUGAACUAAGUAGAUUGUCAUCACUGCCUACAAGUUCCUUGAAGUUUGAACACUUAAAAGUUUAGCGGUAGUUUCCUAAUCGGUCAGAACAUUUCCGUUUACUUUGUUUAAGAGGUAACAUAAAUAAAUUUGCAGGACCAAGAUUCCUGUAAAGCUUGCAUAACAUCCCAAGCUACAUUUCUUUACAAGUUCAUUUUGACUGACAGUUGAGUCUAAAUAUAGGGGUCUAUACUUUUGACAUAUUGUAUGCGGUUUGAUUGUUGAACUGACUCUUCUAUGGCGUAAACAACUUCAUACUCAACCAUGAUUGAUGCUGAAUUUAUUACUGUUUAACGCUUGGCAUAUGUUAUUACUCCGUUUGUUUCAUUUUAUGUGUAUGAUACAUUUCCAUAGUUGAAAACAGUUUAACUUUAAACCUCCUUAAUGAUAUGCUUUUACUACCACAGAAAUGUCAUGACAUGUGAUGUCUAAGGCCAAGAGUUUUAAAAGUAUUCACUUCUUUGUUAAAUUAUGUGCCUAGUAAAAAAC